CCGGAAGUAAGUGGCAGUGAACGCUCUCGUGUUUUUUCCUCGGGCUGUCGGACUGUUCCUGCUCUCACGCGCCGAGCCAGCCCAGUCUUGUCAGCGCGCAGCGGGUGUGGAGGAAGAUGGCGCUAGCCGAAUGGAAAUCCUAAUGACAGUCUCCAAAUUUGCCUCUUUUUGUACGAUGGGCGCCAAUGCCUCUGCUCUGGAGAAAGAGAUUGGAUCUGAGCAGUUUCCGGUCAACGAGCACUACUUCGGCCUGGUCAAUUUUGGAAACACCUGCUACUGCAACUCGGUGCUGCAGGCGCUGUACUUCUGCCGGCCGUUUCGGGAAAAGAUUUUGGCGUACCGCAGCCAGCCACGGCGGAAGGAGAACCUGCUCACCUGCUUGGCUGACCUUUUCCACAGUAUUGCCAACCAGAAGAGGAAAGUGGGCGUCAUCCCGCCCAAGAAGUUCAUCACACGACUACGCAAGGAGAAUGAGUUGUUUGACAACUACAUGCAACAGGAUGCCCACGAAUUCCUGAACUACUUACUCAACACCAUUGCUGACCUGCUGCAAGAGGAGAGGAAGCAGGACAAGACCAAUGGCCGUGUUGCUAAUGGCACAUUGGAUUCCCAGAACAACAACAGCAAUGCCACGCCCGCUCCCACCUGGGUCCAUGAGAUCUUCCAAGGCACUCUGACCAACGAGACACGCUGCCUCACCUGCGAAACGAUAAGCAGCAAAGAUGAGGACUUUCUGGACCUUUCAGUGGAUGUAGAACAGAAUACCUCCAUCACCCACUGCCUCAGAGGUUUCAGUAACACAGAGACACUGUGCAGUGAGUACAAAUACUACUGUGAAGAAUGUAGAAGCAAGCAGGAAGCACACAAGAGGAUGCGUGUUAAGAAGCUGCCGAUGAUCCUGGCUCUGCACCUGAAGCGCUUUAAGUACAUGGAGCAGCUGCAGCGCUACACCAAGCUGUCCUAUCGCGUUGUCUUCCCCCUGGAGCUCCGCCUCUUCAACACUUCUGGGGACGCCACCAAUCCCGAGAGGCUCUAUGACCUGGUGGCCGUGGUGGUGCAUUGUGGGAGUGGUCCAAACCGGGGUCACUACAUUGCAAUUGUGAAAAGUCACGACUUCUGGCUGCUGUUUGAUGACGAUAUUGUAGAGAAAAUCGAUGCCCAGGCCAUAGAAGAAUUCUACGGUCUCACUUCUGAAAUCUCCAAGAACUCUGAGUCGGGCUACAUCCUCUUUUACCAGUCCAGGGACUAAAUGUGGACAUCGAGUGUUUCACCACGGACACCAGGAGAGAUGCUCGGUUCCCUCCUGGCGCGGCGCAGCGGACCAUAAACGCACCACAGCAGCCCGUACGGUGUCAUCACUGCUCGCACAGAUGUAAUCCAUACCUGUGCUUCUUUCAGCACUCUGCACCGCAGCUCAGCCGUGGAAGUUCUGCCUCUGUACCAGCUGUCCCUCCUGAUCCCCCCCCCGUGUCCCUCCUCUCCCAUCAUACCUUUCACCUUGGCUGGACGCUGCUGCUGCUGCCAAUGCUGCUGCAGAGACAAUGAGACGAUAAUGAAUGAAAACUGUCAAGAUUGUUUUUAAAAAAGGAGACGUUGAAUGAGGGUUGUACAGAUGUUGGUUGGUAUGAGUGGCGUAUUAGUUUUGCCUUGGGUGUGGGGUUGAAUGGGUAUUUAAUAAUUCAUAUGAUGUAAUAUUGGCCUGGUGUCUUCACCCCCACCCCCCAUACUCUUCUUGUGCACUGGGAUUUACUGCGAGUGGAUCAUGCUUUUGAUCGUGGAUUGAAAGGAGGACGUGUGCGGGGGGGGGUGGUGAGUGUCCCACUUGCGGAGAACGCGGGGUUGUGUAUUUCUACAGUGUACAGAAUGGUAUUUGUAUAAAUAUUAAAAGAAGAUAAUAUUAUCAUUGGAACAUGUUAGACCUUGAGAAGAUGUAUUAACACUAUGGUGCACUUUUGAUACCGUUUUGUAGGUGUUGCCGAGUUUAACGUGAGGGUUUGCUUAAAGAGGCCUGUUGUGAAGCGAUCAUUUUCUGUUUUAAAGAAAAAGAAAUAAAGGCGUUAAGAUUGAA